AUGAUGUACAUCGCAGGAGAGACACAAGAUGUUUCAGUUGAGACCCUCAAGGUCAUCGAGGACAUCAUCCGCGACCAAGUCGUUCACAUGUUGAAGACGGCAAACGACCUGGCUAGCCGCCGCGGCUCCCGCGUCUUCUCUAACAACGACCUCAUCUUCCAGUUCCGCCACGACAUCGCCCGCGUCGAACGCCUCCGCAUCUUCCUCACCUGGAAGGCGAUCCGCAAGACGGUCAAGGACUCGGACGACAAGGAAGGCGGCCUCCUCGACGACGCAGACAUGGAAGAGGGCGGCGGCGGCGGCCCAGCCUACGACGCACCCGCCGCCGCCGCCGUCAAGGCCAGGUUCCCCACCAUCACUCUGCCCUGGGACGUCUCGUCCUACUUCUCCGAGCAGGUGCCCGAGACGCAGGAGGACAUGGCCGACGUCGUCAGCAGCGAGGCCGCGCUGGAGAAGCUGCGCCGCAACGACGAGAGGACGAGGGACAUGAGCGUCGCCGAGUACGCGACCUGGUCCGAGUACCGGCACGCCUCGCUGACCUACCGCAAGGCGAAGAGGUUCCGGGAGUGGUGCGGGCUGGGUGUCGUCGCGGAGAACAGGCCGAACGACGACGUGAUGGACAUCUUGGGCUUCUUGACCUCGGAGAUGGUGCAGAACCUGACGGCGGGGGCCUUGAAGGUGCAGAUGCGGGAGCUGGCGCUGGUCGAGGGGUCUGGGAAAGAGACGGUGGAGAAUGGGCACGGGGGUCUGUUUGCCGAGCCUGAGGGGGUGAGGAGGCCGGUUGAUGUGAAGCAUGUGAGGAUUGCUUUUCAGCAGCUGCAAGGGCGGCCUAAGAAGAAUAGGGCGUUGUUGAAUGGGACGAAAACCCCAUGGUCGUCGGAGCUGAAGCUGGUGGGUGUUGUUGGCUGUCUUCUCGUCAAGAGCUUACAACAGCACCAUCCAGCACCCAACCACUCAACACUCAACAUGCUUUCUCAGUCUUUCAAGACCAUCGGCCUGGCCCUCCUCGGCCUGAGCACCAUCUCGACGGCCGCCUCCAUCCCGAAGACCGAGGUCGCCGUCCGGGACACGCGCACGGAACUCGCAGAGCGCAACGGCGCCAGCCGCCCCUUCUACGCCAUCGCCCACCGGGUCAUCGUGACGGCCGGCAUCGACGCGGCCCUCAAGCACGGGGCCAACGCCAUCGAGAUGGACUUCACGGCGUGGUGGACGGGCAAGAACUCGCCCAACUGGUGGGCGGACCACGACGGCACGGCGACGAGCUACGGCGACAUGGCGGAGGUGAUGUUCAAGUACCUCGCCGCCAAGCGCCAGGGCGGCGCCAACCUCAUCUUCGUCUGGCUCGACAUCAAGAACCCCAACUCGUGCGACCCGGCCGACAAGAAGUGGUACAAGUGCUCCGUCCACUACCUGCAGGACAUGGCGCGGCAGUACCUGCUCCCGGCCGGCAUCCACGUCGUGUACGGGACCAACAGCGACAGCGACAUCAACAAGGGCGCGUACGACAAGCUCGUCUCGCGCGGGGCGCUGCACGCGGGCGAGGCGAUCGACAUCGACGGCGACGCGGACGGCGUCGCGGCGCUGUUCCGCAAGUACGGCGACAAGAACCACACGCCCGUGUCCCAGCGCGUCAUGUCCCGCGGGCUCUUCGCGUGGACGCUGAAGCCGCAGACGAUCCUGGACCAGUUGAAGAAGGCCAAGGCGUCGAACCUGUACGGCCGCGUGUUCGGGUGGACGGCGGUCAACUACGACAACGACUACGACAUGAUCAAGAGCUUGAUCACUAACAAGAUUGACGGCUUGAUCUACGGUGGCAUCCUGAUGUACCAGGACGGGCCCAUGUCCAAGGCGCCUAUCGACCGCAUCAAGAAGGUCAUUUCUGAGAACCACGAGGUUCACCUUGCGACGGCCAACGAGUACCCUUGGUAG